ACCCAAGUUGACCGCCAUGAACUCCCUGUCAGCGACUGUGCGCAAGUGCCCCAUUUUUGGCGUCAGUCCACCAAACCAACCACCUCUCCACCCGACGAUCAUCGCUCCACUCGCUUUUUUUCUGGGCGUGUGCACAACAGAUCCCACCCCUCGGUUCACGAUCGAUCGACCCCGGGGCCUCGUGAUGACCGCGCCAGUCGCUCCCACACAGCAGGAAUCACCGGCAACACAAUGAACGUCUUUGCACGGCGCCCCCCCGCGGGGCCGCCGUCCUGCUGGCAGACGGCGACGGCGCAGAUGCGAAGGCAGCUGCUGGGGCGCGGGACCGGCGGCGGCCGGCGCGGGCUGUCGGGCGGACCGGGCAGAAAGGCUCGGGCGGAGGACGCCCCCAGCAUGGAGCAGAUGCGCUCCGUCUACAAGAUGAGGAAUAGGACGACCAUGAACUACACGCUCAGCAUCAUUCUGGGCACCGUCGCCUUCUCGUACGGCUCCGUCCCAAUGUACAAAAUGAUAUGCCAAACUACCGGAUGGGGCGGCCAGCCGAUCAAGAGCCCCGCGCACGGCGGCGGCAGUGAGGGUAUCUCGUCUCGCCUGCAGCCGGUGACGGGCGCCAAGAGGAUACGCGUCACGUUCCACGCCUCGACGUCGGACCAGCUGCCCUGGAAGUUCGUGCCGCAGCAGCGCGAGGUGCGCGUGCUCCCUGGCGAGACGGCGCUGGCCUUUUAUACCGCCAUCAACAAGAGCGACCAGGACAUUAUCGGGGUUGCGACGUAUUCCGUCACGCCUGCCCAGAUUGCGCCAUACUUUUCCAAGAUCCAAUGCUUCUGUUUCGACGAGCAGCGGCUCCAGGCGGGUGAGGAGGUGGCAAUGCCAGUGUUUUUCUACCUCGACCCGGAGCUGUUGAACGACCUCAAUAUGAAGGGGAUAGAAACGGUGACACUCUCCUACACCUUUUUCAAGGCGAGAUAUGACGACAAUGGAAAGACGCUGGUGAUGCCGACUUCUCCCUAGGUUAUGGCUCCAACAGAGCCCUCAAAAGCAAGGUGCCGAUGGAGAAGUUGUACCGAGUGUAACACUAUGAUAUAUAAAUUCCAAUCUAGGCUCAUGUCAACUCGUG